AUGGAGCUGAAAAAACUGCAAUCACGUGAGCUAAUAUUGUUUCGUGCUUCACACCGCGUUGGACUCUGCUGGGAGGACUGGGAAACACAAGCAAGCAUCAGUCUGCUGCCGGGGAAUCGAAAAGACGUGCUGCUUUUACUCUACAAAGACGUUUAUUUUCACUUCUGUAAUGAAGACGCCAGCCUCCGUCCAUUCGGAUACAUUCUAGGAAGGUCUCCGAGGAACACAAGAUUACGCUGUAAAUGUAUCAAGAACCUGGAGCCAAGCAUGAAAAAGGCGACCAAGCCCACGGCCGCCACCUCCAGAACCUCAGCGGGCACUAAAGCCCCAGGCAGACCUGAGGGAAACCGUAAUAUGGGCACUGGUGGCAAGAUGACGAACAAAACCCAGAGUUCAGCUCCACUGUCUAAGGCAAAGAGCAAUGAUGACCUCCCAGCGGUGAGUGCAGGAAGUGGACCAGUAUCUGUUAGCAACAGUAACACUACUGCUAGAAACAAGAGAGGAAGCUCCUCUCAGAACACCAGCAGCACUGAGACCAGGUCCAAGACCAUUUCAGGAAGGUGUGCCUUGUCAUCCACAGCCAAGGAUCCAGGUACGACCCGAGAGAACGUGCGAGAACGUUCCAGAACUAGUGUUGCCAAAAAGCUUGCCGGACCCAACGAUGCCAUGCCUCAGAAACGAUCACGAUGCCGUAACGUAGCUGAGACUGAUUCUCGGAUUAGCAAAUCUCGCCUAGACAGCCAGAUGAGCCAGAAAGCAGUGCUGGAGUGCCAAGUGAAGGACCUGCUGGACUUAGCCAAAAGCAAAGACCUGGAGAUCCUCCAUCUCCGCUCUGAACUUAGAGGUAUGAGAGCCCAACUUGGUCUGGAAGAACUUGAGGCCCCUGAUGCAGGACAAGCAUCUCAAGAAACCAAGCAGCCUCGGGAGAAAGAGAUUUCUUCUGUGAUCAGUGCCACAGAUGUGGAGUCCACUCUGCUCCUCCUUCAAGACCAGAACCAGGGCAUCCUUGAUGAGCUAAAUAUGCUGAAGAGUGAAAACCGGAUGCUGAAGGAUCGUCUCAAUGCUCUUGGCUUCUCUCUGGAGCAUCGUCUAGACAGCCCUGAUAAAGUUCUGCGCUGCCCAUCCUUUAGUCCUGAGCCUGUAUCUGGUGGAGGCAGUGGAGGUCACAGCGAAAACUGUGGGGGUGGUAUGCCUGCAUCUUUUGCAGAAGGCUCUGCCCAAGGCUCUACCGAGGACCUGCUUUCAGAAACGAGACGUGUAGGCUCUUCAGAUGCACUGGACAGUGAGUGCAGUGAGGCCUACCAGCCGAUCACCUCCAGUGAUGAUGCUCUGGAUGCGCCCUCAGGUUGUGGAUCCUCUUCUGAAUCAGAAGGAGGGCCACCGAGCCGGGAACAUUCCCGCAGGGGCAGCAGCGGGAACACCAGUGAGAUUUCCGUGGCCUGCCUGACUGAGCGCAUCCAUCAAAUGGAGGAGAACCAGCACAGCACAGCAGAAGAACUCCAGGCCACUCUGCAGGAGCUUGCUGACCUGCAGCAGAUCACGCAAGAGCUGACCACAGAGAAUGAACGCCUUGGCGAGGAGCGUGGCAUUCUGGUUGACUCCAUCUGUCAGCAAGGGGAGCGAUUAGAACUGUACGGAAGACAACUGGAUUACUUCCGAGGCCUUCUUGACGAGCAUCGGGUGGCCUACGCCAAGGAUGAUGAAGAUGCCAAAAGCGGCCGAUAUGUGGAGCUGGAAAGGCGCUACGCCGAGCUGAACGAGGGCUCACAUUUUGAGCGGGAGCAGUUGUUGGGCGUUCAACAACAGCUAAGCAGUGCACUUAAGAUGGCAGAAGAGGAGAACGCAGAAGCCCAUGGACUAAUGGCGGCAUUGAAGGAGCGUGUCCAUAUGGCUGAGAGAGCUGUGGAAAUGGAGCGGAGGGAACGGGCUGUCGCUAAAGCAGAAUUGGAAGCACUGAGGGUGGUGUCCGAAGGGGAGCAGGUGGAGUUGAAUCACUGCAGAAUCCAACUUGAGCAAGAGAGGCAGAGAGUGGCCCAGCUCCUCUCCAUUCACAAUGCAGGGGAUAAGACAGACAUACGCCAACUGCUGGACAGCGAGAGAUUAGACAAAGAGCGAGCAGAGGCCAAAGCAGCUCAGUUACAAGAGGACCUGGGGCACACACGCAGUGAAGCUGCCCAGCUCCAGGAGGCAAUUAGCAAGCUGGAGGGGGAGUUCCGAGCAUUUCGUGACGAUGUCCAGGCACAGUUAGCAGAGCAGAAGCAUCUCCUGGAGCAGCAGUGCUCUGAGCUGGAGGAGAAGGACACAGAGAUCGCCGACAUGAAGGAGACCAUCUUUGAGCUGGAGGAUGAAGUCGAGCAGCAUCGUGCUGUCAAGCUUCAUGACAACCUCAUCAUUUCUGACCUGGAGAAUUCCAUCAAAAAGCUUCAUGAUCAGAAGUAUGACAUGGAGAAGGAGAUUAAGGUUCUUCACCGAAAAUUGCGGGAGGAAUCAGCCGAGUGGCGUCAGUUCCAAGCUGAUCUGCAGACAGCUGUCAUCAUCGCCAACGACAUCAAGACAGAAGCUCAGGAGGAGAUCGGAGACCUGCGGCGCCGCCUGCAAGAAGCUCAAGAGCAAAAUGAGAAGAUGAACAAAGAGCUGGAUGAACUAAAUAGCAAGACACAGGAAGAGGAGCGUGGCCGUGUGUAUAAUUAUAUGAACGCAGUAGAAAGAGACUUGGCUGCGCUGAGGCAGGGGAUGGGCCUGAGCCGACGUUCCUCCACUUCCUCUGAACCUUCACCCACUGUCAAAACACUCAUCAAGAGCUUCGACAACGCCUCACAAGGUCCUGUUUCAGCCAGUCCUGCCGCUGCUGUUGCUGUUGCUGCUGCUAUUUCCAGAACUCCCCUCAGUCCCAGUCCCAUCAAAACCCCUCCAGCCGCUGCUGUCUCUCCCAUGCAGAGGCACACCAUCAGCUCAGCAAAACCCUUGUCAUCAAUGCUGGACAAGAGACCGAGCUACACAGACCUGAGCAUACCAGCGGACCACCACCUCCGGACCUCACCUGUAACGCGCCCCAGCUGCAGCCUCCAGAGGGGGACAAACAUAGACUCGACUAAGUCUUUAUCAGUUUCUCGCAGAAGCAGUGAAGAGUUAAAGAGAGACUUGUCGGUAACAGACACAUCAACGCCAUCGUCAAUCAUUGCGCUAGGCUCGUCUUCUCCUCAGCUUUCUUUGUCAUCCAACUCCUCCUCCCCGACCGCCUCGGUCACGCCCACCACACGAGGACGUUUACGAGAGGAACGGAAGGACCCUCUGUCUGCAUUAGCCAGGGAAUAUGGAGGAUCCAAGAGGAAUGCUCUGCUCAGGUGGUGCCAGAAGAAGACUGAGGGUUAUCAGAACAUUGACAUCACCAACUUCAGCAGCAGCUGGAACGAUGGGCUGGCUUUCUGUGCCAUACUUCACACCUAUCUGCCGGCACAUAUCCCCUACCACGAACUCAACAACCAGGACAAGAGGCGAAAUUUCACUUUGGCCUUCCAGGCAGCAGAAAGUGUGGGAAUUAAAUCCACACUGGACAUUGGUGAAAUGGUGCACACAGAAAGACCUGACUGGCAGUGUGUCAUGACCUACGUGACGGCCAUCUAUAAGUAUUUCGAGACCUGAGGAUCUUCUUGAACGUCUGCAGUCGGUUCACUUUCCUUGCUGCGGUCAAGAUGCUACAAAUUUCCCAGAUGCCUUAGCUGCGAAUCCUUACGGUUUCCUCCAGUCUGUUCCCAGAAUCCUGUAUAGCUGCUGAAACAGGCCAGAUCCUACUAAGCUUCUCCGAACUGCAGUGCUUUUGAAGAGAAGUGGGAAGUCGGUGGGAUCGUGAGCCAGCAACUUCCUUUAAGAACAUUGCAACACUAAUUAAAGUGUAUUGUGCCCACCGAGCAACACAAAUGUGAAAUUCUGAAUACGAUUGCCUUUGAAUGUUGCCUUGUUUUAUAGUUUUGUCAUAAGGAUGCCCUAUGCAUGCCAGUAUUGGUCUUAGAUUAUCAGUAUUUAUUCCAAAGAGUGAUGCCACAACAGGCUUCGCCCACAAAAAUGCCCAAAUAAGUUUAAAU